AUGGCUGAGUGCAGCGACUUCCAGCAUUUUUGUCAGUAUACACAUAAGGAGACUAACAAAGUAUCAGGUGGGUUUCACCUAAUAAUGUCAUGGCUGAAGUGUUGUAGUGUAGAUGUCUCAGUCUUUGCACAUAAAGCUCCUAUUAUAACAAGUGAGUGA